CUAAUGAGGUUGCAGAGAAUGAUAACGAAGCUAAUGAGGUUGCAGAGAAUGAUAACGAAGCAAGGGAAGAUGAAACAGGGAGAGCAAUUUUUGAAACAGAUUUCCUUGAACAAGAAAUCGCCGCUGGCUACAAAGCGAGGAAACUUGUACUUCGUCAUGAAGUUCCAUACGAAUAUGCUACUCUUGAGUUGAGGAAACUUGUACUUCGUCGUGAAAAGCUACCACUACUGAACAAGAAACCUGCUAGUGCUACCACUACCGAACAAGAAACUACUGCUAGAACUACCACUACCGAACAAGAAACUACUGCUAGAACUACUACUACCGAACAAGAAACUACUGCUAGAACACCACUACUGAACAAGAAACUACUGCUAGAACUAUCGCCACUGAUUCUACCACCGCUAAACAAGUCUUGUCGUUUGAACAGUCCUAUUCGAAUUGUUUCACAUUAUAUGGAUGUACAUUCUUCUGGUGUUUUUGAUGACACAAAUAUUCAUUUUAUAAGGAAAGAAGUAGUUAAAGAACCAUUACCGCCAAACAUUAAAAAUAAUCAAGAGGUUGAUACUACACAACUUGAAAACAUAGUAUCUUGUGUUUCUGUCGCAAAUGCCGGAUUCUAUAUCUUCUUGUCGAUGGCCAUGGAAGCCAAUUUUCGAGCAUUAAAUCUUCAUGCAAGAGCUCAUGGAUAUGACAUUCUAGAUUUUAUAAAAAAAGUCACAGCACUCGUGAAAGAAGAUGAAAUUUGGAUUUUCUUAGAUGAAAUAAAUAUUUGUGACCAUAUUAGAAUUCUUGGAAGGUUGAGUUCACAACAGACUUUUUAA